CCCCCUGCGAGCUGACGUGGUGCGGUCCGACUCCCCGCCCCCCGCCGCGGGUUGAGGUGGUGCAGCCCGCAGCGGUCACGUGACCGGGCGUUGCUGCGUUGCCUGGCAACGGGAGCUGCUGUUAGCCGGGACCGGGACCCUCUGGUUGCAGUCCCCGCCCCAUGGAAGAGCCGACUGAUGCCGCAGCAGAGGGAUCUGGAAUGGAAUUGGGCUCCGCUGAGCAGGAUGCAGUCAGAAUUCCAGCACAUCCUGCCCUGGAGGAAAAAUCUCCUGAGACUUUUUCGGGCAAAGUGGAAGUAGGCAGUUUCACUCCUGAAUUGGGUGAGAUGGAGCAGCCAAUAACAGACAGAGGAAGCUCUUCCCAUACAUCUCCAGUAGAUGCUCUGCAGGCAACAGCAUUGUCAGUGGAGGUGAACAGCAGCAUAAAGUCAGGUGACAUCGGAGAAGCUGUUUCUCUCCAUUCAGAGUCUGCCUUUGAGCAGCUUGGUCAGAUGACUAGUGAGCAUGGUGACCAAAGAUGGGAAGAGGAACGCCAGCAGCAUGGAGCUGAGCAACACAAAAUGGGUGGAAGAAGUGAAGAAACUGUAGCAGAAACACAACUGUUUGUCUUGGAUCCAGAACACCCUCUGGUGAGAAGAUUCCAGGCUGCUCUGGAGGAUCACCUUACUAAGCAGUUAGAAAAAGUGAGCCUAGAGGUUCAGGAGCUGAGGACAGCAACAAAGAAGAGCGAAGAGCGAAAAGAAGAGCUGGGAGGGAUUCUUUAUGGGGAGCAGCAGCAGCUGGCCCAACUGCAAAUGGAACUGGAGAAGAGCCGUGAGCGCUGCUCUCAGGCAGCCACAGCGCGUCAGCAGGUGGAAGGGGAAUUGGAGGGCCUCAGGCUUAAGUACAAGAAAUUUUGUCAGGAGAGAGAUGAUGAACGCAAGAAAGUUUCUGCGAUGCAGACCCAGGCUGACGACCUGGCCUUGCGUCUCUUCCACAUGCAGAACAUGGAUGAGGAUAUGCGUCAUAAUCUUUUACUAGCGAAAGGGGCAACAAAGAAGGCUGAGGCACAGAAGGUCCAGGCUGAGCUGGAAAAGAGAAAACAGGAUCUUCUAGUAGAACGCUUAACAAAAAAAGCCGAUGAACUACAAGAACAGAUUGCUCUGUUUGAAGCUCAGUUGGUGGCCCAGGCAGAGCACACAAAAGUAACUCGGCAAGCAGUAAAUGAGGUUUGUAUGGAGAUUGAGGCUGUUAACAUGGAGAAAAAGCAGUUGAUUAGCCGCUGGAAUAGUAGCUUGAUUGCAAUGAAGCAAAGAGAUGAGGCCUAUACUGCCGCACAAGAGUUGCUGAGCAAAUACAGACAUGACCUCAAGUCCCUAGAAAUGGACAUCGAGAGCUGCGAAAAGUCAAUCAGGAAGGAGGAGGAGAAGAAUGAGUUGCUUGUCACCAUCCUGAGCCGUUCAGAGAAUGAUGUCAGCACAACAAAGAAACUGAUUGCCCAGUGCCUUUCAAAGCAAGAGGCCUUGAAGGUUGAAUGUGCCACCUAUACUCACAUUCUCCAUGAGUCAGAAGAGACCCUCAACAGGACCAAGAUGGAUCAAGCUACUCUUCUGAAAGAGUUGCAGUCCAUCAAUAAGGAUAUAGAGAAAGCAACUGAUGCCAAAGUGCAAAUGGAGAAUGAAAUCAUGGCAAAGCUUCAGGACCAGAGGAUGUCCAGCAAAGCUGCAAAGCACUUCUCACAGCUGGUUGCAAAAGUUCGUCAGAGAAAAACAGAUCUGGAGCUGCAUUGUUCCAAGCUUGAGAAUGAUAUCGCCCAGGUUGUUCUAAAUACAACUCAGACCAACUGCAGGCUGACAGUUCACCAAAACGCACUUUGUGAGCUGAAGAAGGAAAUAAAAAAUGUUGAAGAUCUGAUCAGACACAAGGAAAGUGAGAUUGCAAAGUGCCGUCUCCUGACUGAGAAGAAGCAAAGGAUUCUCAGCCAGUACAACAAGAAAUUGGAGAUGAUACUUUCUCAGCAGGAGGGGCAAGAACUGGCACCACUGGAAAUUGAGAUCAACAGGCUGACCAAGGAGAUAGAAGAAUAUAAUCUGAAGGUGACAAUGCUACAGAAGUCCUGGCUCAAUCUGCAGAAAGAGAUGGUGAAAUUAACACAUGAACGGGAUGAAGAAAUAGCCUCUUUGGAUGUGUUAAAGAAGCAGAUCACAAUACUGCAGCAGAAGAAACUGCGCACUGAAAAUGAAAUUCAGCAGGAAAUAAAAGAGCAGAAAGACAUCAAACAUCACAUGAGCAACAUGAGAAAUGAAUUGGUAAAGUUGAAUGUGUUGAUCAACAAGAACAACAGCAACUUGGAGGAACUGCGCUCUGGCAACAUUAUCGCGGAGAACGAGUUUGUACGAUCUCUUAAGGAAGCCGAAAAAGAAUCAGUUGAGAUGCAGGAGAAGCACAGGCAAUUGACUAAGGAGAACGAAAGACUCUUAAACAGCCUGGUGGAAGCAGAGCAAAAAAUCAUGCUAUGGGAGAGAAAGAUCCAGCUGGCAAAAGAGAUACGUACAACGGUGAAUUCUGAGAAAGGCGAAAUCCAGGCCAUAAGAGCAGGCGUUCGUAGAAAGCAGAUCCGCUAUGGGCAGCUGAUGAAGCAACAGGAGAAGAUGGUUCGUGAGAUGGAGGCAUUUGUUUCUCGUCGAGAGAUGAUAACGAUUCGUGGAGAGAGUCAGAAAAAAACAGAUAAGAAAUGUAUCCCCAAGAGCGACAUCCACCGCAAGAAUCAGGACUUGAGAAAGCAGAUCAGCGAAACCCAAGAGAAAAUUCGAGACUGCGACAAAACCAUCCUGGAGCUGGAGAGCGCCCAAGCGUCUCUUAGCACUGCUUUGUUGGAAAAGCAGGAAGAAGUGCGCAGACUGCAGGCCGAGUGCAAUGACCUCGAUUCAGAGACAGAAUGUCUUCGGUACCAGAAACGAUGGAACCUUUUGGAGAUUGUGGCCUUACAGACACGCCAGAAGCGUCUGCAGGCACUGAAGGAAGGGAAGUACGUUCCUCUGUGCCGCACUGAAGAAGACUGGAGGAAGGAGCGGCAGAAACUGUUGGACCGGCUCCGUACCAUCAAUGCUAUCAUCCACCGGGUCCAGCAGGAACACCCUCAACACCAAAGGGUUCUCCAGUGGCUCAGUGAGCGCUUAGAAUCCAAGCUGGCCUCAUACGAAGAUUGACAGACACUCACACGAAACACAUACGACCCUCUGCUCUUGUUGUCUUAGAGGCUGCAUCUUUGUGCAUGGAUAAAGAUAAGGAUGGGAAAGGUUUAAUUGUUAUUAAAGAUGGAAACAGCU